AUGGACACUGGGAAAUACUUUGUUUGGUCCAAUGAUGAAGUCUUGCAACUUGUCACCAUCCUUUUUGAAAGCGACUACUAUCAGAGGUUGCUACUCAAAGGUCACUUGACAAAGGAGCAAGAGAAAGGGUUGAAGAUGAGCAAGGAGACACUCUACAAGCAGAUCUUUGAGGAGAUCUUUCCCAACAGCAACAUCACAAAUGGUGGUGGUCAUGUAAAAGCCAAGCUGUGCUGGCUUGAGAGUCAAUACAUCACCAUAAAGAACACAUUCUCACAGACUGGCUCUGGUCUUCUCCUUUGUGAUCUCAGCUUUGAUCAUUUGGACUUUGCAUCUCACUCAGCUGCAGUUGCCAAGUAUCCCUGGUUCAAGAUGUUUCAUAAGAUGAUGUCAAAGUGCCCAUCUGCUGGCCCUGUCACCCUUGUGACUAGCAGUGCCUACAAUCCUCUUCAAGCCUCACUGUCCAGCAAUGGUGAUACAGGUGAUGCCAUGGAAGAAGAUGACAAUCUGUUCCCAUUGUGUCACUCAAUUCCUGGCCUUGAAAGCCUUGCUGAAGAUGCUCCUGACAAUCCCAUUGGGCCAAGAGUCCUCUCUUCAUUGUCUAGUGCCUUCCCCUCCCCAUCCACUUUGUCCAAUCCCUUUGGUUUGCCAGCUGCCACUCCAUGCAAUUGUUUGGCUAGCACUUCCUUUGGUGUUGAUCAAGAACCUGAAAGCACUGGCAUCAGCUCCCCUAUGAAGAAAACCUCGGCUUCCAAGAAAUGA